AGGUACCUACAUAACUUCAGAGAUUCGUUUAGAUACAUUAGUCAAAGGAGGUGUCAUUACCUGUCCUACUUGAGAUUUACAAUUCGAGAUGAUUAGGCGAAAUACACGAAAAAUACGACAAAGGCACUUGCGUCUAAUGAUCUCUAUACUUAAUAGCCGACAUAAUGUUUAGAUAGGUCGCUUUUAAAGUGUUUGUGAGUCGCUGCGUAAUCAGUUGCCGCCCGCUCUUCACCACAAUGAUUGGUGUGAUAAUAACGAUAUUGCUCGUUGCGAUUUUGUGCGCGAAGUUUUACAAAAAUGCAUACAUACGGCCCGGAGAAAAUUUCCCACCCGGACCACCAAGUCUACCAGUAUAUGGCGCAUAUUGGAUCGUCCUCUUGAAGCAGAUCAACAACCUGGGCGGCUCUAUGAGGAAGAUCGCUAGGGAAUACAGGACGAAGAUAGUCGGGUUGUACCUUGGUCCGUACGCAACUAUAGUGAUCGAUGACUCGAAACUGAUCAAGGAGGGCUUGUUUCAUGAAGACUUUGAUGGCCGCUUAGAUAUUAUUGUGGCGCGCCUGCGUUCUUAUUGGAAAAAGCUUGGCAUCUUCUUCACCGAUGGCUAUUUCUGGCACGUGCAGAGGCGGUUCUCACUGCGAUACAUGAGAGACUACGGGUUCGGGAGGAGAGAGGAAAGCCUGGAGGCGGUGGUUGCUAAUGAAACUAAGGAAAUGAUUGACAUGGCGAAGAAUGGUCCCAAAUAUCCAGUUGAGCAUGAAAUGGUUAAAGGCGAUCUAAUAUACAUGCAGCACUUCUUCGCUGUCCCAUUCAUCAAUGGCAUGAUACAUAUUUUCGCUCGUACAACGUUGCCGAGGUCCGAAUACAAGGUUCUGUUUGACCUUGCCCGGGAAGUGCUUUUGUUUCAAAGGGGGACCAAUGACUUUGGUGGCGCUAUAACUUUGACACCAUGGCUCAAAGAUCUGAUGCCUGGUUACAGCGGCUACAGGGAUAUGAGGAGAGGCAACCAGGCGCUGUUGGAUUUCUUCGAUAAAGUAAUAAAGCAAGCACUGGCGACUCAUGAUGAAACAUUCGACCGCCAUUUCCUGGAUGUUUACAUAAGAAAAUGGAAGGAAGAGGAGCACACGGUCAAACGGACUACUUUCUCAGAGGACCAACUGCAGUUAGUCUGCACAGACUACAUGUUCCCGGCAGCUACAGGAGUGCAAGCUGUGCUCUCGUUGCUGGUUGAGAGACUACUGUUGCAUCCCGAGGUUCAGGACAAGAUCCACGAGGAGAUCGACAGGGUGGUCGGCCGCGACCGCCUCCCUACGCUAGAUGACAGACGGAAUAUGCCAUACACCGAAGCAUGCAUACGAGAGAUCAUGAGGUACGAACCGCUGGUGCCGCUCGGCGUGCCGCACCGUGCCAUGAAAGCCACAAAAUUCGCGGGAUACGACAUUCCUGAGCAUUGUGUAGUAUCGUUCAACUACCUCUCGUUGCAUCACGACAAGGAAAUAUGGGGUGAUCCAGAGAACUUCAGGCCUGAGCGCUUUAUUGAGAACGGGCAGCUUCAAGUAUCUAAGGAUAAAUCUUUACCUUUUGGAGCUGGUAAAAGGCUGUGCGCAGGAGAAACUUACGCCCGACAAUCGAUGUUCCAAGUGUUCUCUGGGUUCAUGCAGGCAUUCACCGUGUCCACGGCGGACGGGAAACCUUUGAAGAAGCCGAUGAGGAAAAUACAGGGCAUCAUCACCACGCUACCAGAGUUCUGGGUCCGCGUCACACCUAGAUAUUAAAUGACCUAUACAUUUUUGGCACAAAUGGUACCUACUUUCUAAUACUUUGUCGUUGAACAAGUUCCUCCUUGUUUUUUUUGGUACCGGGGAUCUGCUAUGUCCUCAAAGUCCCAAAACGUAAGCUAUAGCUUGGCAACUUCGUGCGUAACACCCCCAAUGGUCCGCGCGGGCUGGAGGGCGUGUAGCGAUGAAUGAAAAACCCACGUCUGAUGCACCUCACUUCCCCACACGCACGAUUUCAUACUAGCGUAUUCUUCCCCCCCGUCGCCCCCAUAUCAUGGGAGUGUCAUCAAGGAACUUGGCAGACUAUACAUAUAAACCUGAAAAUGUAGACAUGACUUUUCAGUUUCCGUUAUCCCCACGUUAUGACUUAAGCAGACGAGAAUCCAACGGAAUAAGCACUAAGCUGUACUCGCAAGUACAGACAAUAGAAUAGAUACAUAUCAAAAAGUUACAGGUAGGUACUUCUGUCUUCCAAAAAACGAGGUAAAUUUAUUUUUUUGUGUGUAUAACGAUAGUGUAUAUAGUGUUAAAAAUAAUAUCACGGCGAACAUAAUUGGGAUGAUGACAGUUUUUUAAAUUUUAUAUAAGUUAAGAGUAUGCUAAUAGUAAAGCAGUUUUGUAAAAGUAACAGGGUAUCUGCGAUCAUUACUUUCGGAGCUACAGGGAUUUAAAGGGUCAGAUUUGCGGCGCUGCCGCGGGUCCCUGAAAUACGCCCCAUACAAAAUGGCUCGAACUACUGACGUAGUAGGUAAUGGAAUAAUCGUUAGAUUUGUAUGUGCGUUCAAACAAAAUUACUAAUAUCUUUGUUAUUUGUGCGUUUAUAGUUCAUAUAUUAAAAAAUGUCACAUUUAAUGUAAGGAAGCUAAAACUGUGUGAAUUUUCAUCUAUUUACGAUAAAAGAUUUUUAAUAGAUUUUAAAAUUUUAUAUUCUCAUUUAUUUUGCAAAUAUCCAGACAAUCUUUGCUUUUUAUGUAUAAAUUAGUUAACACUGACCAUAUUUACCUGAAUGUAUCAUAAAAAUCAACAUAUUUAAACCUAGUCAUCAUCCCCAUUACAACGAUAAAAAACUAAGCUAUGGGACAACGAAUAGAUAGGUACCUAUCUAAUAAAAUUUAUGGACGCUAAGCAUUCAUUAUUACGUACUUACACAGAGAUGAACCAACUGGUCAUCGAACCUAUGUAUCUAACGAGUCUUUGUUCUACUAUGACAAUUACAUUAUUUCAUCAUCAUCAUUAUUAUCAGCCGAUGGACGUCUAUUGUAGGACAGACAUUACAUUUUUGUUAAGUGUAGGCAACUAUUUAAAUUCUUUUACCACAAUAUGUGUGUCAUAGGCUAUAUUUUAUCCCCGUACGUAUUCUCACAGGAACGGGACCUACGUGGUUGAAACUGAGGGGUAUCUAUAUAUCGUAAGGUUUUUGGUUGGGUUGCGUACUUUACCUAAGUAUUUUGGGUAGGGUUUGAACCUCAAAGCAUAUCGGUAAAACGGUUGGGCUCAUCACCGAGGGGUGGUGGUUCAAUCCCCGCCCCGUUGGUCUAUUGUCGUACCCACUCCUAAUCCAGUCUGCCCCGACUAUUUGGAGACGAUCGGCACUAUCGGUCCUAUUUAAAAAAUAUGGCAAACUUUCCAAAAAAAACGUACUUACAUUUUCUAUAAGUACUAAUCUUAUAUUUUAACGUAAUUAAUGUUUGUGGUAUUGUAGGAUGCAAUAUUUGGUAAUGAACCGAUUUUGAAAAUUCUAUUAACAUCACAGUAUUUGUGAUAAUAAUGUGUUGGUCGCAGUGAUGACAUCAUGCCAAUCGCGACCAACACACGAUCAGUUUUAUCGGUCGUCAAGCCGGUAGCGCUGCAGGCAUGUGAGAUUAAUUGAUCGUCAGAUCGACAUUAUAAUACUUAAUCAAAAAUAAUGUGAGACUAUAUUUUAUCCCCUUAAUCUCACGGGAUAGGGAACUUCGCGGGUGAAAUGCCGAGGCUUCAGCUAGUAGGUAGGUAAUAAAUAUACAAAGAUAUACUAUACCUACACAUGUGAACGUGAACCUUGUACUAAUAUACUAUUGUAGAUAGCCUAUAUUAUAACAAAUGCGCACAUAAUUAAUUAUUAUCAUAAAUAUGACAUAGGUAGGUACAUAUUUUGUUAUCUAGGAUGACUAGCUACAUGCGAAAGUUUUUUAAAUUGUAUAUAAAUUAAAAGUAUACUAAUAGUAAAGCAAUUUUGUAAAAGGAACAGGGUAUCUGCGAUCAUUACUUUCGAAGCUACAGGGAUUUAAAGAGUCAGAUUUGCGGCGCUGCCGCGGAUCCCUGAAAAACGCCCCAUACAAAAUGGCUUGAAAUAAUGACGUCAUAGGCAAUGUAGUGAUCGUUAGAUUUGUAUGCGCGUUCAAACAAAAUUACUAAUAUCUUUGUUAUUUGUGCGUUUAUGCUUAUAGUUCAUAUAUUAAAAAAUGUCACAUUUAAUGUAAGGAAGCUAAAACUGUAUGAAUUUUCAUCUAGUUACGAUAAAAUAUUUUUAAUAGAUUUUGAAAUUUUAUAAUCUCAUUUAUUUUGCAAAUAUCCAGAUAAUCUUUGCUUUUUAUGUAUAAAUUAGUUAACAUUGACCCUAUUUACCUGAAUGUAUCAUAAAAAUCAAUAUAUUCAAACCUAGUCAUCAUCCCCAUUGUCGUCCACCUCCUUUUAAUCAAUCCUUUUAAUUAUGAUCAAUAUUCCCUUUUCCCUCCAAUUAGUCGGAAAAAACUGUGUUAGGAGUGGGUACAACGGGCGACGAUCGAACCACCACCUCUCGGCGACGAGUCCGGCCUCUUUGCCAUUGAGCUAUUCGGGCUUCAUUAAGUGUACAGCCAGUGCGGAUUAACUUGACACCUGGCUCGAAUGAUGUUUGUACUGUGUUUGUAUGGAUUGUUCGAAAGCCAUUUGUCAAGUUAAUGCGCACGGUUCAUAUAAGCCAGCGAUAAAAUUAUACCUGUUACUUAUACCUAUUACAUGUGUAACAGGACAUUACAGGGUUCUCUUUAGAGUAGCGGAUAAAGAAAUUGUUUUUAAUUAAAUUAACUGUUUUCUUGCGUUUAUAAUAGUUAAGAUUUUUGCAUUUUAGUUUUUUGUGAAUUUUUAAAUAAUAUUUUUUCUUAAAUAAAUAAAAUAUGGUUAUGGGUAUGGGUUCGCAUAUGGGUCCAUACGCAGCAUACUCGACGGUAUAGCCGUAUAGGUACUUGAACGUGUGUGUCGGUCGUUACGUAGAAAAGUAAUAAAAUAAAUUAUUGUGAUCAAAAAUCAUUAUCUAAGUCUAAUUAAUUUUAUGAUAACUGUUUAAUUUUAAAACGUAUAUAUUGUACUACUAAUCAUGUUAUUUAAUUAUGUUCCAUCUACCUACAUAUUAUGUACGUUUUACGUUUAAUUAUUUUGAAUAAGAGUUUUUUUUAAUUAAA